AUGAAAAGCCAAAGGAACAUCUCCGAAUUCAUACUUCUAGGACUUUCGUAUGACAAGAGCAUACAAAUAUUUAGCUUUGUGUUCUUUUUAUUCUGUUAUGUUGCCCUGUUGGCAGGAAACCUUCUGAUCCUUGUCUCCAUUCGAUGCAGUCCGCUUUUGCACCAACCCAUGUACUACUUCCUCAGCCACUUAUCCUUCAUAGACAUUUGCUACACCUCAACGGUUACACCCAAGUUAAUUACUGACCUGUUAGUGGAAAAAAAAACCAUCUCCUAUGGUAAUUGCAUGUUACAGGUCUUAACAAUGCAUUUCUUUGGCGGUACUGAAAUCUUCAUUCUUACUGCCAUGGCCUUUGAUCGCUAUGCUGCCAUCUGCAAACCUCUUCACUAUGUGAUUAUCAUGAACAGGAAAAGAUGCCACCUCCUAGUCUUAGCUGCUUGGGCUGGUGGGGCCAUCCAUGCCUUACCUCUGUUUUCUACUACAAUUGGUUUGCCCUUCUGUGGUCCUAAUGUAAUCGAUCACUACUUCUGUGAUAUUUUUCCUUUGCUAAAGGUGGCCUGUACUGAUACCUACAUCACUGGUGUCCUUGUGAUUGCCUUUUCAGGUAUGGUUUCCUUAGUAACCUUUGUUGUCUUAUUUGUUUCUUAUGGGAUAAUAUUGUUCACUUUAAGAAAUCUCUCAGCUGAGGGAAGACGCAAAGCCCUCUCCACCUGUUGGUCUCAUGUCACUGUGGUCAUCUUAUUUUUUGGGCCUGUAAUCUUUAUCUACCUUAGGCCACCUACUACUUUUCCUGAGGACAAAAUAUUUGCUCUAUUUUACACCAUCAUUGCUCCUAUGUUCAAUCCAUUAAUCUACACUCUGAGAAAUUCAGAGAUGAAAAAAGCCAUGAGAAAGGUUUGGUGCCCGUCAUUAUUUUCAAAGGAAGCACAGAGUUAA